AUGGGCGAUGCGCAUAUCGGAUCCCUCCUCAGCGAUACGUUGAGGGUCAACGAUGGGCAAGAGCAAACCAUCGUCAUCGGCAUCGAUUUCGGAACCACCUGGGCGUUUGCGGGCCAGCCAAAGAAUAUCGAGGUCAUUACCCAGUGGCCCUCGGAACUGAGUCUCAACUCGGAUACCGAGAAAGCGCCCUCUACAAUUCUUUACGGCCCCAUCCAGGACGAGACCUUUUGGGGAUACGGAGUACCGGCCGACAGAGCCGAAGAAAGCCUCAAGUGGUUCAAACUGCUUCUCAUAGAUUCAAGGGACCUUGCACCUGAGUUGCAACAGUCUCCCCAGAUAGCCACUGCCAGGAGGCUUCUGGAGGAAUCCAACAGAGAUGUGGUAGAGGUUAUUAGCACCUACCUGCGGCAUCUUUGGAACCACUCCAUUGACUGUAUCACUCGGGCAACGGGAAAAGGUCUCCUGAGACUUUGCACCUUCCAUGUCGUGAUCACAGUACCGGCAAUUUGGCCUGAGUACUCCAAGAUACGCAUGAGGCAGGCCGCUGAGGAUGCAGGAAUCCUGGAAACUCGUCCAGCUGGGGAUACCGUCUUAUCAUUCGCCUCUGAACCGGAAGUCGCUGCGUUAGCGACCAUGUAUGACCUACGACACCGCCCUGACAUCAAAAACGGAGAUCACUUCGUCGUCUGCGACGCGGGGGGUGGUACUGUCGAUCUCAUUUCGUACGAAAUUGUGACUGUUGAGCCUAUGGUCGUUAAGGAAGCAGUGAAGGGCGACGGGUGGCUCUGCGGCGGCGUGUUUCUUGACCAAGCCUUUGUUGACCUGAUGAGACGCACGGUUGGCCCUGACGUUUGGGAUGCCAUAUCCAAGGACGAGGUCCAGAGACUGCUCCACAGUGACUGGGAACACGGCAUCAAGAGGCAGUUUUUCGGCCAGCAAAAAGACUGGAUCGUUACCCUACCGUAUGGCUGCCGUCCGACCAUUGGAACUAGCAGCCUCUCACGAAAGCCAAUGCUGACACUCAAUCAUCCGCAUUUGGACCCAGUCUUCGGGCAGAUCUCCAGCCAGGUUGAGGAGCUUGUUCAGAAGCAGGUGCAGCAAGUCCAACAGAAGUACGAGAGGCUUCCCAAGUAUGUUAUUCUCGUUGGCGGUUUCGGUCGUUGCCCGUAUCUUCACAACCGCCUUGUUCAAAGCCUUGGCAAUGAACACACAGAAGUCUUGCAGGCCCAAGGAUCCAGACCGUGGAGUGCUAUAUGCCGUGGUGCGGUUAUUCGAGGACUUUCGCAGCUGAACCGAGUUCCGGAUUUCUCGGUGAAGGUGGAGUCGCGAAUCGCAAGAGUCAAUUACGGAACAAACUUCUACACUACAUAUAAUCCAAGUGUCCACUUGGCAAUUGACAGAGCUUGGGACGAGAUAGAAAUGAAGUGGGUUGCACGCAACCAAAUGGAAUGGUACUUGAAACAGGGAACCGAUGUCUGUGAAGCCAGUACCAUCAGUCACAAGUUUUACCGCCUGUACGAGAGGCCGCCCAACGAAAUUCUGGUGGCGCUUCAAUAUUCUACCGCGUCUCCGGCCCCUAAACGCGGAGAUGCCACUGUCAAACGACUUUGCACCAUUGCAUGGAACAAACGAAUCGACUUUGAGAGUCUACCGACAUAUACCAACCCCGCGGGAAGGGUUUUCUACCGUUUGGAGUGGGAUAUGACGAUGGUGUGUGACGGCAUCAGUCUGGACUUUACCAUCGUGCAUGAUGGAAAGCGGAUGGCGGCGAAGAAUGUACGGGUCAAGUUUGGAGCAAGCAGUAACGGCGAAGUGUCAGCUUAA